AUGUCGGAAGUUCAGACUGAAGCUAAGAGAGGCACAGCGACCACGGGGAGCAANGAUGCAGAAGGAACCGAAKACACUCACNGAGAUAGGGGAGAGAGAUUGACGAUAGGGGAAGGGAGAAGGAAAGGGAAGAGGAAGUUGGUAUGGAUCGGAGGGAAGGACGCUAGAAAAAAGGGAACUGGUUACUUGUUACUUGGUACUGGUACUACUUGCAAGUGCGCACCGGCACUACCAACUCACUACGGAGCACAACUCCCGCUAAAACAACAGUCUGGCUACUAUUUUGGGAGGCGGUCAAUUGCGUUCAUUAUAACGUGA